GCUAGUUGCUAGACACAAGUUCUCGAGUGCACAUGUUCCCUCGUCGAAAACAUGAUGCACGUAAACUCUCUGUGCGUUUUGUACCUGUUUGUUUUUCUCACAGGAGCAAGCAGUAAUGAAACUCCUCCUGUAGUCACGACGAGCCAGGGUCGCAUCAUCGGCAAGACGGUCGAGUUCAGCCCCAUCGACCCUGCGCUUCGCCGGAGCGUGGACGCCUACCUCGGCAUACCGUACGCUGAGGCUCCCGUCGGCCCGCUGCGCUUCAAACCUCCCGUCGCCAAGUUAUGGAGCGGGGAGCUGCAAGCAACCAAGCUGGGAAACAGCUGCCCUCAGCCCCUCUUACUUUUUGGAAACGUCACAAUGUCUGGAAAUCUCGACGAAAAUUGUUUAUUUCUUGAUGUAUUUGUGCCCAAACCAGUUCCUCCAGAAGCAGCCGUCUUGGUGCAUAUUCACGGCGGAGGUUAUAUGGCCGGAGCAGGAACCAUGGAAGAAUUGUUGUGGCCGACUCCAACAGCGGCUAUUGGUGACGUCAUCGUCGUUGGGCUCAACUAUAGACUUGGAGCUCUCGGUUUCUUAUCCACAGGUGAUGACAUCAUUUCAGGCAAUAUGGGACUGUUGGAUCAACGUCUUGCUUUACAGUGGGUGAGAGACAACAUUAGAGCUUUUGGUGGUAAUCCUGAGCGAGUGGCAAUCUUUGGAGCAAGUGCUGGAGGUAGUAGUGUGGGUUUGCACAUGGUGUCACCGGGCAGUGCGGGGCUCUUCCGUGGCACCAUCUUGCAGAGUGGUGAUGCCGCAGCCCCGUGGGCCACUAUGUCACCUAGCACGGCACGCAGGCAGGCAUUUGUUCUUGGGAAGCUCGUUGGGUGUGACAGCCAAUCAUCGGAGGAACUGCUGGAGUGUCUACUGAAAGUGGAUGGUUUCGAUUCGUUUCUUGAAAACCAAGGACAUCAGGAUCUACAGGAAGAAACGGGCAUGAUGACCUUCACGCCAGUUAUUGAUGGGGAAGUAAUCCCCGCUAGCCCAGACGAUCUCUACGCAAAAGGCGCCAUCAACGACGCCGUAUCGAUAAUCGGGGCUCUCGCCGACGAAGGUACGAUUAUGGUGGCGCUCUCCUUCCCAAAUCACACCCACGAGGCGCCAUUUGUCGAUGGUGAUACAUUUGAACGCCUUGUAAAAUACAGCUUGGAUUUGAUGAAUGGCUACAAGCCAAUCGUUCUGGAGGCGGUCAAGAUGAUGUACACCAAUGCCUCCUGCAGAGACGCCUCGAACUGCGACUAUCUACAAAGCCUGUCACAGGUAAUCGGUGACGUCAUGUUCGUGUGCUCUGGGAGAAAGACGGCAAAAGCUUUUACCAAAGCAGGACGUACGGUGUACCACUACCAAAUGACUCACACUGCUACCACCACCCUCAUGGGCAGAAAGUGGACCAAAGCUGCCCACGGCGAUGAUUACAUGUUUGUCUUUGGAAUGCCCCUCAUACCUUCUUCGAACUGGUCUUUUUCCGAAGACGAGGCCCGCAUGUCGGAACAGAUCAUCAAGUACUGGGCCAAUCUAGCGAAGACUGGCAAUCCAAACUUGUCCUCCUUGGAUGGGGAGCAGAGGGAGGAGGAGAAGUUGCCGGAAUGGCCCUUGUUUACCCUGGAAGAACUCACCUACAAAGACCUGUCACUCUCCAUGGGAAAUGGGCGUGGCAUCAAGGCUAAGGAGUGCCUCAUGUGGAACGAGUUCAUACCAAAACUAGUAAAAAUUGCCGAUGAGGCCAAAAAUUGUCAAGGGGCCAAUGAUGUAAGAGAGACGGAAAAUGACCGAGAUGAGGAGCAAGGUGUAUGUACGAAGGAAACGUGCCCCGAGGAAUAGAAAACCAAAAUAUUCAACUUCACGAAAUGUUGUCUUAAAAAAAUAUUUUUGUGCGCUUAGAGGUAAGUAGUUAACACGAGUAGAUGGAAUUUUCAUUUUCGCAAGAUUUGCUUUCAUAUAAGCGGCAUUAAUUGAGCUUUAAAACGCAAUUUCUUGCAAUGCAAUCCAGAAAUUUGGUCACAUUGAAUCAUAAGCAUGUAAAUUCCUAUACAAUUCAAAUGCGUAGAAAAAGUCAGAAUUGAAGUUUCACGUUUUUGGAACUAAUUUUGCAAGUAUAUACGUUUUUCCUUUUCAAACUUCAUCAUCAUUUGUCAUGAAGCCUAUAUAGAUUCAGAUCCAUUUGUAGCAACUCUAUCAGCAAAGUUGUGAGCUAACAGAUGUCAUUAUCAGUAUAGUUUUUAUAGAUUUGUCACAAUACCUGUAGUUAGAAAUAUAGACAAUAUACUUUACUGAAAGGAAGUCAACAUGUUUCUGUCCAAGUUCCGACACUAUUUUGAGGAUUAUGGAAAUUUCGUUUCAGUUUUGUUAUGAACUUUUUGCAAGGUCGACUGUUGCUUUGAAUGUUCACAAUAUACCAUAACUGAAAGAGAGCGAAUACUGAAAUGUUAGCUAUGCAAUUGUGAUAAAUUUAGGAUAUUUAUACCAAUUAUGUGAGCUUUAUUAUUUUGUAGUUUUGGGUAGAAGUUAUAUGCGACAUAAGCAGAAAUAGCAGAGGCAACAGCUGCCACAAGGGGAACGGUAAACAUAUUUUCAUAGAACAAUGAAAACUAUGCCGGAGAGUAAAUUGCAUGCAGAAAGUGCAAUGAAGCUAUUAAGUUUUGAGCCAUCCGAAAGUGCUUGGAAUAACGUACCCUUGUGACGUCUGGUCUCUGGUAAUGUUAACGCCAGUCGGGAUAAUCAAUAAAUGAGCAAGUAAAGUUGUGUCUGUCACCUCGGCUUU